CUUUAGUUAUAUUCACCAUUUUGAAUCCGGUGUUCGAUCAGAACACAUAUUCCGCGCAGAAUCCGUAAAUGUCUAAAUAGUUCAAAAAUGAAAUUAAGAACAGUAUUUUUUGUGUUAUUUGUGUGUUUUUGUAAAGUUAAUAUUAAUGCUUUAAAUUUACCCGGACCUAAAGUGUACGUUGUAACGCCAUCGACGCGAUUGUUACGAAACGAUGAAAAUAAAAUAACACCCUUUUACUACCAUAAAUGGCUGAAAAGAAUGGAUACGGUAGAAAAUAUAACCACUACUACGACACCUGCGACAACAGUGAAAACACCCGAUUUAAUAUUCGCAGAGUUCGAAUCAGACGGCAAUAUGCAAAAAUCAAUCAGAAAAUUAUUAGAAAAAGAAAGAAUAACAAAAUCAACAACUAUGAGCCCUAUAUACGUUCCUGAACUAGAGGAAAAUAAAGUUACUCGUAUUGUGAAUUAUGGUUUACCAAUAAAUCUAAGCAAUCGUGAUAAAGAAAGUGAAGAACAAGCACCAGUGUUUAAAUCUUCUACCACCAUGUUACCACCAAUGCAAGUAACUAAAAAAACUACCACAACGACGACUACCGAAGAUAAUCCGAUUAAUAUUGAAAAUAUAUGGCAUAUUAUUGAUGACGAAAAGAUGAAUCAGUACUCCAGGACACAGCAGGCAGUACAAGAUAAAUCAAAAGAAAAAAAUGUAAGGUAUGAUGAUCAAAAUAAAGAAAAUGCAGAACAAUUGCAAAUUAAAGAAAACGAAGAACAAAAUGGUGAAGAAAUGAUAGACGAAAAUUUUGCUUUACCGGGUUUUGCCACAAAGCCAGUUAGUGGAGCUGAAAAUGAAUCAAGAGCUAUACGAACUGAACCGAACAUAAGAUUCCCUUACGUAAAUCUUCAGCCCUUUCAGAUAAAAUCACCAAAAAAGCCGUUGCAAAGUAACAAUCUUUUAACAAGUUUGGAUCAAUUUUCUGAUUUAAAAUAUCCAACGAGAGGAGAAGUUCAAGAUAUUGACUCUAAUAGUCAACUUAUUGAUCGUUAUAAUCCAGCUCAACCAUACUUACCACAGCAAAAAUAUGGUAAAAACUUGUCAAAGCAGUCAAGUGGUAGUUUCUCAUCACAGAAAGCAACUGCCAAUUUAGUUCCACCACCGCCACCUCCACCACCAAAAGCUGGUGACGAUUUUCCUUCUCCUCCGAAUUAUGAUUCGUUUCCUCCAUAUGCGCCAUCUGGUCCAAGUUUUAGUCAAGUACCUGCACCGCCUCCUUCAUUAGCGUCAUCUGAUACAAUCAGUUCACAAGUAUUAGGACUAUCUAGUGAUUCGAUAAAUUCUGAUUCAAGUGACGGUGAGGAAAAACCAAUAAUGGAUUUAGGAUACCGUUACAAGCCCCCAUCAGAUGCAGGAGAUACUGCCAACAUUCCUAUGACAGACAUGGGUUAUCAAUAUAAGCUACCUUCACCUGCUACGCCACAAUUUUUUCCUACUCUCCAACCACCAGCAAAACCUUUCGCAGGUUAUUCAUAUAAUAAGCCUAGUAUGACUGCUGAUAUCUCUCCUCCGAUUGAAACUGACCCUGACCCUGAAGUCCAAGGAUAUCAUUACCAGAAACCUAAGCCUUCAAAUCCACCAACUAACCAUAUGCCACAAAUUUACAAAUCACCGGCUGCAUAUGGUUCCGACGAUUUGACACAUAGUGAUCACAAUUCUGAUUAUCCUGAACUAAUAUUUAAUAAACCACACGAUGAUAAGAAAGGAGAUGAUCAUAUGAACGACCACGACAUAGGAAUGAUGCCACCGUCACCACCAUCGGAUGUGAAGCCACAUAUGUAUGAACCGCCUACGAAUGAUCAUGGUUUUCCGAUCGAUUUUCCAACUGAUCUAAAAUUUCAUCAUGACUUUGAUGACCAUGACCACGACCACGACCAUGAUCACUAUCAUUAUCACCAUCCUACUACAACGACGACCGAAACGCCCCGUGUCAACAGAUUCAGUUACUACUAUUUAGGAAAAAAAUUGUAUUAUUUGCCUUUAUAUUUUAGUGUCUACUUUAUAGUCUACGUUGGGGCAUUAAUUAUCAAAGCUAUUUUGCGUCAUAAAAUUGUAUAUCCAAAUAGUUGGAGGCCAAAUACUACAACAGCAACCUUUUUUUCAAAAAGAUCCGUCGAUGAAUUUAUGUCAAAUGAUAACCUGCACGAACUUACGAAAAAAGUUACGCACGCUAUUGCAACGGCUGCAGAAAAAUACAUGAUUGGUAAAACUAAAACAAAAUAA